CAGCAAAGAAGACAGAGAGAGAUUCGGGAGAUUAAUCAGAGUCCCACGGGUGCUGCAGCUUCAAGUCUAUUGAAAGGGGGGUAGAGAGAGCGUAUGAACUGCACCCUGAAAAAAACUACGGUGGUUUCUGCUUCCUCAAGAUCUGGCUCUAGGCCAAAUGCUCCGAGAAAGUAUGAUGUAUUUGUAAGUUUUAGAGGCGAUACCCGCAACAACAUCACCAGCCAUCUUCAUGCUGCUCUCAAACGAGAAUUCAUUUUGUCCUUUCGUGACGAUAAGCAAAUAGAGAAAGGUAAUGAAAUCACACCAUCGCUGAUCCAAGCAAUCAAGGAUUCCAGCGUAUCUAUAAUAGUCUUCUCAAAAGACUAUGCUUCCUCAAGAUGGUGCCUGGAUGAACUCGCCCAAAUCAUGCAGUGCAGAAAGGAUGAGGGCCAGUUUGUUAUCCCCAUCUUCUACAAAGUUGACCCCUCACAUGUUCGAAAGCAGACCGGAGUUUAUGAGAAGGCAUUUGAACAACAUGAGAAAGAUUUCAUGAAUAACCCAGAAAGGGUGAAUAGAUGGAAAGCAGCUCUUUCUGAAGCUGGCUAUUUAAGCGGCAGGCACUACCAUGACUUCACGGAUGAAUCCAAUUUAAUUCAAGAAAUUAUCACUGAUAUUAGCACGAAACUAGAACAAAUACAUAAUCGUGGACAAACAUUAAAAGAUGUGGUUGGAAUGGAUGAAAUGAUCGAACCCAUUGAAGAGUUACUAGGAAAAUUUCAAAGAGUUGGAAUUUGGGGGAUGGGCGGUGUAGGGAAGACCACAAUGGCAAAUGCUGUAUUUGCCAAAUUAUCUUCUCGGUAUGACAAUUGCUGCUUCUUGGAAAAUAUUAGGGGAAAAACAGAAAAACUUGGAUUGGAAAGUGUUUGUAGCUCUCUUGUCUCGGAGCUGCUAGGGCAAGAUAUGCCAAGUAACACGUCAAAUGUUUUAAGAAAUGCCUUUGUUGCCAGAAGGCUCGGUAGGCAAAAAGCUAUGGUUGUGCUUGAUGAUAUUGAUAGUUUUGACCAAUUUGAGGGUUUGCAGGAAAACAUAUGUAAUUUCUUAGGAGAAGGCAGUAAAGUUAUUAUAACAACAAGAAAUAGGAAAUUGCUUCAGGGAAAAGGUUAUGAAAUACUUGAGGCCAAGGGAUUGAGUUAUCACAAUUCGCGUCAACUUUUCAUCCGCAAGGCCUUUGGAUCAGACUAUCCAGAACACGGAUAUGAACAGCUCAUAGAAGGGUUUGUAGAAUAUACUCGGCACAAUCCCUUGGCUUUAACAGUUCUGGGUUCAUAUGUUCACUCUGAAGAUAAAAGGUUAUGGGAUGGUGUGUUGACAAAACUACGAGCAAGGAGUCCAAAUGACGAAAUUCAAAAGGUGUUGAGAUUGAGUUAUGAUGGAUUAGCCUAUGAAGAGAAGCAAACUUUCCUAGACAUUGCAUGUUUCUUAAAGGGUGAAAAUGAAGCAUUUGUAGAAGAGCUAUUAAAGAGCUAUGAAUUCCAUCCAACUGUUGGCAUGCAAAACCUUAAAGAUAAGGCUCUGAUUGUCACAACCAAUGGAAAAGUUGAGAUGCAUGACUUAAUACAGGAAAUGGGCUUACAAAUUGUUCGUGAAGAGAAUAUCAGUGAACCUGGAAAAAGGAGUAGAUUAUGGGAUCCUAGCGAAAUCUAUGAUGUAUUGAAAAAUUGUGAGGGAGAAAAAGAGGUUGAAGGCAUAAUAUUCAAUACAGAUGAGAUUAAUAGACCUUUAGAUUUGACUGCUGAGACUUUUAAUAAAAUGACAAGAAUAAGAUUUCUUAAAGUUUACUCAUCAUUAACUCAGAUUAUGUCAGAUGAAUUGGGUAUUGCAGCAGGUCUUGAGUCAAUUUCUACCAAAAUAAGGUACUUCCACUGGGCAGGAUACCCAGGAAAGUCCUUGCCAUCAAAUUUUUGUGCUGAGCUUCUUCUUGAACUUAACUUGGAAUGGAGCCGGGUUGAAACACUUUGGGAAGGAGUGCAGGAUUUAGCUAAUUUAAGAAGAGUAAAACUUGAAUGUUGUUUUGCGCUGAGGGAGUUACCCGAUUUUUCCAAGGCUCGUAGUCUUGAAACCAUAGAUCUGAGUGGUUGUGCACGUUUGUGUCAUGUGCAUGCAUCUCUCCUAUCCCUGCAUAGUCUCAUUUCUUUGGAUGUCAGCGGCUGCCAUAGCCUUGAGAGUCUCCAAAGUAGAAUUCAUCUAAAAUCUCUCAAAGAAGUCAAUAUAACUGGGUGCUAUCGUCUUAAGGAGUUCUCGGUGUCAUCAGAAGAACUAACAUCUUUAGAUUUAGAUGGAAAUGAUAUAGAAGAAUUGAGCCCAUCAAUUGGGCGUUGUUCAAAGCUUAGAAGACUCAACCUCUGUGAUACAAAAUUGAAGAAUCUAAAGGUAUUAAGUUGCUUGACAUAUCUGGAGGAACUCCGUGUUUCCAGCCAGAAGAUUGACAGUGUCGACCUACAUGUGCUAUUUGAUAGCUUAUGCAGCCUCCAAUCACUGACUCUCGAGAUGUGCUGUGACUUAACUGAACUCCCAGAUAAUAUCAGGCAACUCUCGAGUCUGGAAGAGCUUUAUUUGGGAGGUUGCAGGAAUCUUCAAUAUUUACCAGAGCUUCCCCCCUCCCUUAAAUUAUUAGAUGCCACUGAUUGCACAGCACUCUCGUUCAACCUCUCCUUCGUUCAUCACCUUAGAAAUCUCAAUCGUCUCCUGCUCCAUACUUUAAGUCCUUGGUAUCCUCCACAGACCAUGCUUUGUCGUUUUAAACUCAUGUGCCUUGGUAUUCAAAAGAUGGCAGUUCUAUUUGAUGCAUUGCCAUCUUUAGAAGUGUUGUCUUUGAAGGAGUGGCGCGACCUAACUGAACUCCCCCACAAUAUCACACAUCUUUCUGAGCUACGCUAUCUAUCUGUAGAAGGUUGCACCAUGCUUCGGAGUCUACCGGAACUUCCUCCAUCCCUUAGAAAGUUGAUUGCCACAGACUGCACAUCACUGAAGACGGUGUCUGCUUCAACAAUUUCAAGCACAUCUGAGAAUUAUGGUGAGAAAAUCUUUUCAUUCAUCAACUGUGUGAACUUAGAUCUGGGCGCCAUUGAAGAACAAGCCAAUUUGUUGUUAGAGAAAGCAGUUCAUGAGAAGAAUGAUGUUACAGUUUGUUACCCAGGGAAGAAGGUUCCGAAGUGGUUUGGGAAUCAUAGAUCCCAAAAUGAUUCGAGCAUCAUCGAACUACCUCCAGCUUCUUACAAUUUAGCGGGUUUUGUUUUUUGCGCCGUUGUUCCUGACUCCUUCCCACGGGAAGAGCAUAUGGCCCCUGAAAUUUCCUUCGGCUUUACAUUGGAUGAAAUGACUCGCGAAAUUGCAUUUUCAUCGCUCAUAAAAUUCAGUCCUGGAAAUGUUCUCCUACGUUCUAAUCCAAAACUAUCUGAAUUGAUAGUCAGGAAGAUUGAAGAGAAAAGAAGAAACCAUGAAACCACCUCUUAUGACCAAAAUCUUUUGUUCAAAUUCGAUUUUGGAAUUGGUAGUGAUAUUCUCAUCAAAGAGUGUGGAGUCUAUCCCAUAUAUGCCUCAGAAUAUUACAAUGUUGAUCAACAGGGGAAAUCGGCGGCGUUCAAUUUUGAAUUCCCGAAAACGCAAGGCCAUAAUGAUUGA